CGAAAAAGUAGAAAAACAACCCGUCUCUACUUCAUCUACAGUCAAGUCAAUCAUCCCUCUCUCUCUCUUUAUAAAAACUCCCAACUCCAAUCCAGACGCAAACCUCACAGUUCUUAAUCCAAAAUCCAAAACCAAAAGGAUGAAAUAAAACAGAAAUAGAGAGAAAAAGGAAGAAAGAGGAGAAGAGGGAGACUUUCUCAACCUCUGAAAUGGAAGUAGUAAUCCCUGUCGCGGAUUUCCAUUUCGACAGCACCACCUCUUCUCCGUACAUCAGCGCUCCUUCAUCUCCCAAACGUUUCGGCGAUCUAUUAUACUAUAGUGCUCCCACCAGCCCUUCUCGCAUCUCUGCCAUCUACUCCGAAUUCAACACUAGUCAUUCUUCCAUCCCCUUCGAUUGGGAGGAAAAGCCCGGUACACCCAAAUCCACCAUACCCCGCAACACCAAUAACGACAACGACAACGACAACGAAGAUGAAGAAGCUGACUAUGAUUUCGCCUUUGAUUUCAGCGGCCAGUUGGAGACACCUCCUCUCACAGCAGCCGAAGAGCUCUUCGACGGAGGCAAGAUCCGCCCUUUGAAGCCUCCACCAAGAUUACAGUUUGGAGAGAGGAGCCCUGUCUCAUCGCCCAAAUCGCCGAAACGGAUUUUCCGAAACGCCUUCUCUCCGAAAGCUAAAAAGGAAUUCGACCCAUUUGCAAAGGCUAUCGAAGAAACCCGAAAACGGUCUGUGAGAGAGCGCGGGAGAGAAAGGGAGCCGGCUUUGAAUCCUUCCAAUUCAAUCCGGAGAGCGGCGAGAUCGCACUCGCCGCUUCGGGUUUCAGAUCCGAAACCCGAAACGUCUUCUUCGGCAUUGAAGGGCAGCAAUAAGAAAUGGAGAUUGAAAGAUUUUCUACUGUUCCGGAGCGCGUCGGAGGGAAGCUCGACGGACAAAGAUCCACUGAGAAAAUACAGACUUCUAUCGAAGAAGGGAAAAGAGGAUCUAAAGAACGCGAGCUUCCGGUCGACUGACAGCGGCGGUUCGGUUUCUGGUUCGAGGAGGGGCGGGCCGGUCUCGGCUCACGAGCUGCAUUACACGGCGAACCGGGCGGUCUCUGAGGAGAUGAAAAAGAAAACGUUCCUGCCGUACAGGCAAGGGCUGCUGGGGUGCAUGGGCUUCAAUCCAACGGCCCAUGGGAUCGCUAAGGGGUUUCAUUCGAUUACACGUGGAUGAUCCUGAUUUGGGGAGCUGUCUCCAACUUUCCUGUUGAAUAUCUCUUUGUAUGUGAGUUUUCCACCGUCUUUCUUCCUUUGUUGUAUGGUGGUGUAGACAUUGUUCCUGUGGUGUGUUUUAUUCAAGUGAAAAGAAAACCACAUGGGAAGGAGAAAUUCAUAUUCUUCUUUGAUUUUUCUUCUAUAAUGAUAUAUAAAUAUAUGGUGUUUUCUUUU